AUGUUUAUUUUCUAUGUUCGAUGGACUACUAGUCGACACCUUCGUUUUCCCAAAUGCUCUCAUUCAACUUCAAUCGUUAAACCAUUAAAUGUUGCUUUUUUUGGCUCAGACAUUUUUUCUAUGCAUAUAUUGGAACAUCUCUAUAAACUAUUUGCCAAUGGUAAAUCACCAAUCAAACAUUUAGAAGUAGUAACAACUAUUUCAACUUCAAAUACUGUCAUGCAUGGUGCUGAAAAAUUGAAAUUAACAACUCAUAUUUGGCCAAAUACAGAUGCAUUAUUAUCAAAAUCAUCUGUUCAAUUUGAUAUCGGUAUUCUUGCAUCAUUUGGUCAACUAUUGCCCAAAAAAUUAAUUGAAUGUUUUCCUUUAGGAAUAAUUAAUGUUCAUCCAAGUUUAUUACCUCGAUGGCGUGGCAGUUCUCCAUUGAUCUAUACGAUUGCUAGUGGAGAUCAAAUCAGUGGCGUGUCUAUUAUGGAUAUUCGACCCAAACAUUUCGAUAUUGGACCUAUAUUAAUGCAACAAUCAUUUCCAUUAUCAAACAAUAUUAAAAUGCUUGAACUACUUGAAACGACAGCAAAUGUUGGUUGUUCAUUGCUGAAUACUGUUCUUGAAGAUCCCAUCAAAGCACGACAGAAUUCUCAAGAACAAUCAUCAUUAGACGUUGCUUAUGCUCAUAAAUUAAAUAAACAUGCAUUCUAUAUCGAUUGGUUUAAUCAGACCGUAGAAGAUAUCGAGCGAUUAUAUCGAGCUCUCAAUGAUAUUGCUAAUCUUCGAACUAGCUUUCGUCAAAAGCCUGUACGCUUGAAAUUAUUAACACUAAUUCAUGAUCAAAAUAUUAUUGAUAAUCUUAAUGUGAUAUCAUCCCAACCGGGAACAGCAAUUUAUAAUAGAACCCUUGAAUGCGUAUGCAUUCGAUGUAAGAAUGGUUGGAUUGGAUUUCAAAAAAUUGCUUAUCGAAAAUCAAUGUAUGCACGUGAUUUUCAAAAUGGAUACAUUAGCAAAAUAGAUCGUUUUAUCUUCGACUCAAUACACAAUCCAUUGUUCGAUCACAUUUAUGAUCGACGUCUACCUUCAUAA